AUGGGCCUUGCGGGGGCCGCCCGGCCGAUCCUAGAGACGCCGCUGACGCUGGAAAUUUUGGAAGCAGACCUGCGAGCGGCACUAGAAACCGAUGCCACUUUUGGCCCCGCCAUUACCAUCAAACAAGUCGGAAAGGGCGCGGGUUUCAUCUCGAAGAUGGCCAAAGUCGAUUUCGAUUGGCAGGGAAAUCCAGAAGAGACGCAGAGACUUCCGAAGGUUGCCGUCGUCAAGAUUGUGGGCGAAACGGCGAAAGCUAACCUAUCCGACACCGAGCUCCAGUUCUUCAGCGCGGACAGAGAGGCCUUCGGCAUCGCCCCAGAUCUGCGAAUCCCAAAGUUCUAUUGUGGCCGGAAGUUUGGCAAGGACGGGAUUGAGAUGGGGUACUUGGCCGAGGAGUUCAGCACGGGUCAGAUGAGGCAUAUCUAUGAGCAGGUGGAGGAGACGGGUGUACUUGAUGUUCUUGACGAGAUGGCUAAACUGGCGGCAUACUCCAGAAACCACCCGGAAACACUCGAUAAAUGGACAAACGCGGGCAUCGAAACUCUUUUAAGAGGAGGCCGAACAUUAGAGUCAAUCAAUCUAAGGCUCGAAAACAUGAAAAACAUCUACCCCGAGUUGGCGCCCGACUGUGCCUACUGCGUGUUGUGCCACGGCGAUCUCUGGACCCCGAAUAUUCUCUGGAAUACGACCGACGGCGACUUCCGGCUGGCCGUUAUUUUGGAUUGGCAGUUGGCAAAUACUGGCUCCCCGACCGAGGAUCUGGUCUAUUUUCUUCAUAGCGCCCUCUCCGCCACGGAAUACCCUGAGAAAAUUAAAUACUACCUAAGCCACUACUAUAAUAAAUUGGCCGCCGCGAUCAAGGGCCCGAUGCCGUGGGAGGAUUUUGAUCAGUUUGUAAAAGCUUACGAGAUGUCGUACGUACUGUCCGUGUCAGUAUUAGUACCAUGGUAUGCACAGGAAAAAGAUGAGCUGCUUGGAGAUAAUCGCGAUGACGCCGCACUCGUCCAGGCCUUCGACGGCAAAAUAACAUUCUUGGCGAAAGAAACGGUGCGCUGCAUGGAAAAGUGGUUC